GCACAGUUUCCCCCCGAUUUCAUUUUAUUGCCGCGAGAGAGACAGCCAGGCAAACGCCCACUAUUCUCUUCGUCUCUGCCUUUCCAUCUCCCUCCUCCCUCCGAUCCCCUCUUUCUUCCAGAUUUGUCUCCUCCGUCGUCAUCGUGGCCGCUUGCCCGGCGGUGGCUCGAUUCGUCGUCGCGGCUCUCUCAAUCCUGACCGGAAAUCAAUCGACCAGAACCCUAGGUUUCGGGACUGUUUGAGCCGAGCGGAGUGAUUGGUAGAUUAUCUUUGGAUGCUUUUUGCUCGGAAGAACUUUAUUUAGGUUCUCUUCAUAGAUAACUGCAGGCUGAUUUGGGUGCUUUCAGGGAGCUGCAGAUUUCCCGCUUGAUGAGGUUGUGAGCUGAGUGGCGGACGGGUUGCGGUUAAGUGAUUCAGAGUUCUUUAAUGGCAAAAGUGGCGCCGCCUGCUUCUUUACCUCCCAAUUCUCUGCAAAUUGGCGGGGGUCCUUUAAAUGUUGGUCCGAUGGCCAAGAGGAAGACGCCGUCUGACCUCAGACGAGAGCAGUUGAGGAGGACAAGUAUAGCUGAGCUUAUGGGGGAAUCUAAGCUAUCUAUGCCUGGGAAAACGAACAACACUGGCGAGGCAGAGAAUGGGGUUAAGAAACCUGAUGUGUUCAGGAAUCCAAAGUAUAUUCAUACUCGCCUGGAUGAAGUGUAUCCCAUUAAAAAGUCGAGAUUGGGGAUCCUCCCUGUGAAAGAGAAAGUAAAGGAAGACAAAUCAACCGAGCAACUUGACAAUCUGAAGAAUCUUCCCAUUCUUACCAAUUUGGCACCCGAGAAGCGAGAAACCUGCUCGGAGAAACUUGUAGCUCAUGUGGAUGUCUCAACAGAUUGUAGCACAAAAGCUCACCAAACAAUUGAAAAAUGUAGUCAAAAUAUAUUUCGUACAGUUGCUGAGCUUUCGACUUAUGGGAAACAAUCCUCAGGCCUUGCAGUUGUUGACAUGGAUAAGGCCUUGAAAGGAUUGGCUGCUUGUGAACCUGCAAGCCAUUCACGUUUAAAUACUGAUACCACUGGGAAAUCAGGCCAUUACUCUGACAAUUUCUGCUCAGAGUGCUGCAUACCUGGCAAGAAACCUCCACUCGAUUUUACAUUGAAAACAAAAAUGCGACUGUUGUGUGCUUGCUCAGUGAGUGGGUUUCACAGGUCAAUCUUGUCUAGCACAUACAGAACCACUCCACAGUUCAUUUUUCAACAGGGCUGUGCUGAAGAAAGCUGUGGCCCAUUACAAACCCUGAAUUCCCAAUUGUGUAACCCUAAAUCUCUACAUUCUUGGGUUUAUCCACAAUCUACAUUACCACCUGCUGUCAUUUCAGUAUUGUCUUCAUCAGCUGCAGAGGGAGAUUUUCUAAGGAAACGGCAAGUGGCUUGGGCGGAUUCGUUUCGGAGUCUCUAUUACUUGCUUCGCAAGAACAUUUGCAGCAUUUUUUAUGUUUGUACUUCACACUUUGUGGUUAUGUUCACCAAUGGUGGAGGCUCGGGGUGCAGCGCCUACAUCUCGCAAUCAACUAUAAAUCUCCGGUCUUUGUUAAGAGAACAUGAUGUGUGCUUCUCUAUGCCACUUUGCCAUUCCAAAGUGGAGCAAGUUGCCACUGAACAUCUGGUUGAGCUAGCAGCAAUUCGGAGGGAAAACUUGGGCCAGGUUCGGAAUCCUAGUUCCUUGGACAAUGUUGAUAAUACCCCAGAAUCCUUACUGGCCUUCAAGGAAAAUAUACAUGUGCAGGGACUCUAUGAUUUCCUCUUAAAUUACAGAUCCUCCUUGACUCUCUUGUCUGGAGUGGACGUUCCAGUACUGUAUUCACCUAUUCCAUUUCCAAACGCUGCCCUUUCUGCUCCAGAGAUAAGUUGUGUGGAUAUGAAGAGAGCUGACCAUGCUGAAGCUUCCCCUAAAGAUGGCUCAUCUGUCACUCUCAGCUCAAUUAUUGAAGUAAAGGGAACAUUUAUCCCGCCAUGGAUUGUUAGCCGCAUUUGUGCCCUGAUGAGCUGUGAGGCAACGAACUUCGAGGCAAGCUUCGCUACAGAACCCACUUCGAUCGGCUUGAAUGUUGCGAUUAAGAAUUUUGAUGAGAAAUCCAACUCUGUUGCGGAAACAGUACAAGAAAGUGGUAGCAGUGCUUUAGGCUUGUCCGAAGCAAUUGUUGCUCCUUGCUUGAGCUCAGGCUUUUUAACAGGAUUGAAGUAUAGGGAUAAUUCUUACAUAGCCUCUCUCUCACCAGCAUGAGAGGUUUCCUUUUAAACACUACUGGUCUUCACCUUUUUGCCUGUUUAGAAUUGAAUCAAACCAUUUCCUUUCUUUUAGCCUCUGCAAUUUAUUUUCAUCUUUGCAGCUACUAGCUGCUAUAAACAUGGACAAAGCAAGAGGAAUUUGAAGUAAAACAGAGAAC